AUGAAAGAAGACAUAAUUUAUGCCAACUUUCAGCCUACUGAAGCUAAGCUUCUUAAGAAUGGGUCAGGUAGUCAGCUACUAAUUGACAACCCUAUCCUAUCGUCAGUUUUAUCCAAAAUCUUCCCUUAUUUGCUUUUGAUUGAUAAUGUACUAGAGAUUCUUACUUGGACUAACGAGGAUUUGUACCUGAACUUAUUACUUAUUAUUUUGUACAGUAUUCUUAUAAUGUAUUGGAAUUACAUGAAUUUGGUUGUGAUACCUAUCUUGGUCACACUUUGUUUCGGCUAUAUCAUUUGGAUUAUCAAUUCAAUUGUUUAUGAUACAAAAUUCAAUGAAAAGCCUACAAUUGACGAGAUUUUAUCAGUAUUACAUAAUAUCACCAUCAGAUUCGAAAUGAUUCUUAGACCAGUGGCUAGGACGAAUUUAAAGUUGAGGAACUUUCUCCAAAUAUUUAUAGUAUCUUUAAUUUUGAUACCUAUAAAUUUCUUGAUAGUGACGUAUAUUUUGAGUCCUCAGAAGUUCUUAUGGUUGUUUGGAGUGUUCUUAUUAACAUACCAUUCACCAUGGUCAUUUUCUAUAAGGAGAUUAUUAUGGAGAUCAAUUUACAUAAGAGUGUUUGUUUUUUAUUUGACAGGUUUGAAUAUAAAAUUAGAUGCUAAGAAUAAUAAGUUCAAGUUCAAUGACGAAAAGAAUGAUACUGAUGUUACCAGCAAUGAUUUUAAGAUUCUUCAAAAGAAAAUCGAAAGUCCUACUAGAUUGAAUCAAGUGGUCAAGUUCGAGGUAUUUGAGAAUGAAAGACGAUGGAUUGGCCUUGGUUGGUCAAAGUUCUUAUUACCAAGUGAAAGAGCCAAUUAUUGUACAACAUCCCUUAAAGAAAUUCCUGAUAUCAACAGUUUUACCCCACCUGUUUACAGUAAUGAUUUAUACAACUAUAAAUGGGAAUGGAUCGACAAAUCCUGGGUCAUUGACAAGGAAUUUAGCAAGAAUAAAAAUAAUGGAUGGAUCUAUUCUGAUAAUAAUUGGGAGAAUGAUGAACUCUCUGACGGUUUUUCCAAGUUCACUCGUUCGAGAAAGUGGUAUAGGACUGCCACAUUAAUCAUCGAUAAGAAAUUGAACGUUUAUGAUGAGUAA